AAUGUAUAACUAAGCGCAAUCUAUCAGUGGAAAUUAAUAAGUAAUAUGGAUUAUUUCGUUUGCCGACAGCGUGAUGGAGAGUCGAGUGGGACUGGACUACAUAGUGGAACAUGCAGAGUAUGCAAGCAAGCUCGCAGCCGCGCUCACCUCCCCAGCCGCACCAGUCAAGAAACAGGUGUUUGAGCUGCUGUCUGCGUUAUGUGUUUACAAUGCAGAAGGAUACGCUCGGGCCGUCGACACACUCGAACGAUAUAAGGCAAAGUUAUACAAUAUAUUCGACUACACGCUUGCUGUUUGUUUUAUAAAUGUCUUGGAACAUGUAAAUGGUCGUUGUGCUCGGUAUUUGGUUAGCCUCAAAGGUGAACGGUACAGGUUGAGCGUGGUGGUGGAAGAAUUGAAGACCGCUUGUUCAGUUGACUACAAGACAGCACUGGUUGCCUUCGUGAACUGCCUGAUAAUAUCUGCACCUCGUCUCCCUGACCGCACUAGAGUGAGGAAUGAACUCAUUGGUCUUGGACUGCUACCAACUUUAAACAGCUUCAGACAUGAAGCAACCAGCCAUCCAGACUUGGGCGUCCAACUGGACGUGUUUGAGGAACAGAGGGAAAGCGAUGAGGCUCAGGGCCCCGGUGGAAUCAACCUUAACUCGCAUUUAGACGUAUUCUACGCUAUCCUAAAGCAGGUGGCUGACACUCCUCAAGAGAUACCAUUCCUGAGUAUUUUACAACACCUAUUACGCAUCGAUCCCAAAGAACCAGUCAGCGAUAUCAUUUGGGACACUGCCGAAACCUUAGUUCAUCGCGCUACUUUACUAGAAAGCAGAGAAGAUGCUGCUAAGCUGCUCCGAGCUCCAAGUAUCCAGGCUAAAAUGGGGUGCACGUGUCAGCACCGUGACGUGGCCGCAGCGGGUAGGAAGCAAAGUCUACAACGAGCGCUAUCACCACCACCUGUGCCCGCGCCACCUCCACCAAUGAUUCCGCCGCCGCUGGCACCUUGCAUGCCUCCUCCACCCCCUCCUGGGGGACCUCCUCCUCCCCCGGGUGGUCCUCCACCUCCCCCAGCUCCUCCUCACACUGCACCAGCCCCUCCCCCACCGCCCGUCAUAGACAUCAAGCUGCCGCAGCAGGAGACACCGAUACCCAAAACAAAGAUGAAAACCAUCAACUGGAAUAAAAUACCGAACAACAAAGUUAUUGGGCAAAACAAUAUCUGGUCUUUGGUCGCAUCCAGCCAUAAGCACUCACCGAAAACAGAACUCGACUGGAGCGAAAUAGAAGGACUCUUUUGUCAACAGAUCCAACCUACCGGAUCGGCGGGCUCCUCGCCUCGUCUCGGCCGCAGUCCCAUAUGCGACAGCUCCGGAGAGAGGAAACCUAGGAAGGAGUCUUCAGAGAUCACGUUACUAGAUGGCAAAAGGAGCCUGAACGUUAACAUCUUCCUGAAACAAUUUCGAAGUUCGAACGAGGACAUAAUCCAGCUGAUCCGCGAGGGGUCGCACGAUGACGUGGGCGCGGAGAAACUGCGCGGGCUGCUGAAGCUGCUGCCGGAGCACGACGAAUGCGACAUGCUGCGCGCCUUCACCGGCGACCGUGCCAAGCUCGCGCGCGCCGAGCGAUUCCUACUGCAGCUCAUACACCUGCCCGACUAUAAACUUCGGAUAGAAUGCAUGCUGUUGAAAGAAGAAUGGUCUUCGACUGCCGGUUAUCUCGAAAGUGCCAUCAAUGCUAUCCUUGUAGCAGGAGACGACCUCAUGUCGUCUAGAGCUCUACAGGAGGUGCUAUAUAUAGCUUUGAUCGCGGGCAACUUUCUGAACGCGGGUGGAUACGCAGGCGGCGCUGCCGGCGUCAGACUCGCCUCCCUGCAGAAGUUAGCAGACAUACGCGCUAACAAACCCGCAAUGACGUUAAUGCACUACCUUGCGAUGCAAGUGGAACGCAAGAACAAGGAGCUGAUCCACUUCGCAGAUGACACGCGAGUGCUGGAUGAAGCUGCCAAAGCGAGCGUGGAGCAAUUGUACAAUGAGAUCAAAACACUUGCGCAACGAGUGAGCUUACUAAAGAAAGAGACGCAGGCGCCGAACACGCAGCAAGACAUAAAAGACCAGAUGGGAGACUUUCUUCAGGUGGCCGAGCAGGAGGUAGCAGCUUUAAACAAAGAUAUGGAGGAAGUCGAGAGCAUGAGGAAACAAUUGGCUGAGUUCUUCUGCGAAGAUCCCGUCUCCUUCAAGCUCGAAGAAUGUUUCAAGACGUUCGCGUCGUUCUGCAGCAAGUUCAGGAGUGCGGUGGCUGAGAACGAGCGCCGUCGCGCCCACGAAGAACAGGCAGCCGCCCGCCGCCGUGCGCGUGAUAUGCAGCAUCGCCCGCAAGGUGGUAGCGUAUGCAGUACCCCUGUGUCAGAGUGCGAGUCGUUGAUGGAGUCGCUGUUGUCAGACAUCAGGAACGGACUCGGGCGACGCUCGCUGCGUCGACCGCACGAUGUCUCACCCUCACCAGAUGUGACUCCGACGGGCAGCCUGCGGAGGCGCAGCCGGGCCAGUCCUGGUGCUGACGAGGAGGGUCUACUCGAGUUCCUAAGGCAUUCCUCUCCCGCCGCCAACGAUCUGCGCGAGAGGAGCGCCUGGGGCAGUCUCGACCGGUCGUGGUCGCGGCGCGGAGUGUCGCGCGCGCGCCUCGAGAUACCGGAACGGGAGCGCGCCCCCUCGCCCCGCGCACCGCCAGCACCCGCCCCCGCCCCCGCGCCGUCCCCGGACCCACCGCAGAAACCCAAAGAAUGGAGGCAGAAGAUCGAAUCAUGGCUGCGCGCGAACAGUCAAGAAGAAAAGCGUGAGGGUGAGCUUAGAGAGCGCGCGCGACGACUGCAGGCCAACAGGCGCUCCUUGGAAAACGACUCCGAGAGCGAACGAAGCACGACACUGGACACGCUGCCUGAGGGCCGCGCUGAAUGGAGGCCUGCUGUGCUACACGACAGCGACGUCGUCAGAACUAUUGAGGCUGUUGAGGAUGUUCAACCGCAAACGAAAGACAACCGGGUGCCUUGGAGAAAGACUGAAGAGAACGAAGAGAUGAGACGCCUUAGACGACAGCGGUCACGCCAGCAAAUAGAGUCUCCACCACCUUUAGUUUCCAUAUCCGAAGAAGAGAAACGAAAACUGCCCGAUAUACGUGUCACUAGUGAUAGAGAGCCCAGACUGGAACGAACUGAUAGAGAAAUUGAUGCUGAUAAUAUUGAAACACCCCCUGUCCAAAGAAAAAUGUUUAAUCCACCCCCAGAACGAGAACCAUGCAGAAAAUUCCAACCUUCAAUUUCGAAGUUAAAUUUGAAUGAAAAAGCUUCCACAGAAAUGAAAGACUUGUGUCAAGAAAUAUUGGGUGAUGGCCAGUUUGAUAGGUUCUCCGCUGCUAGAAGAACGAGAAGAUACAAAAGAAACACCGACUCGAGUUCGCCGGAAGACGAAAAGAAACCUGAAUCUACUCCAGAACUAGUGGCUGAAACUCAAAUUAUAAGACCUUCAAAAUUAGAUGUCCAAGCAUCAUAUGCGGUUGAAACACCACAAGAAGUGGCGAAACCUAUCGACGAAGUUGUGAAAGAUGAAAAAGAGAGUAGGCUGAAACGAUGGCAGGACAGACUUAAAAGCCAAAGCUCAACGACAACCCCGACCAAAGAUACGAGAACCUCUUACGCGAGAAUGAGGCGGCGAACCUCUAUCAACCAAGAAGACGUGCAAAAAGCAAUCAGGGAACUCAAAUCUCCAACAGAGCCUCCUACAGGAGUAUGGUCAAGGAACACUUAUAGAAAAUCAAUGAAUACCAAACCUGAAAAACCUGUGACAGAGAGGACUACGUCACCUCGUAUUUCUAAAGUGAAGAGCGAACACGAAUUAAAUGAUGAAGGUUUCGAAGAAACCCAAAGUUUGAACUCAGAAAGUGCAUCGCAAGGUGCAUCGUCCGGUUGUAACGUGGAAUGUGACUCACCAGUUCCAAAAAUUAGGAAAUCCCCUGAAAUUCCAAAGAGAAUGCCGACCAAAGACACCAGAACACUCCCUAGAACACCUUUAGACCCAAAACGAACUGCAGUUCCCAAAAGGACAAACUCUUUGAGAGUCGAAAGGUCUACUUCCCGGGCGUCACUUCGAAGUUCUAGAAGUUCUUUAAAUAGUUCCGCAUCAGUGGCUACAGUAAAAAGAGCUCCCGUUCCAAUUAAACCUGCCAUUAAGCCUACUCCAAAGCCGGUAACCAGAAUGCCAGCAUCGAGGUCUUCUUCAUCGGGCAGUUCUAUUGGAACAGCAAGACCACCUCUCAAAAGCGUAACAAGAACAUCAGGGUUCAUGAGACCCACUCAAGCUUCCAAAGGCAGAGGUGGUUUGAAUCCUCAGCAGGUUAUAAGAGCCAGUGCGAAAUAAACCAAACGAAACAUUUCAAGGAUAACUCUAGUUAUAUAUAGUGCCUUAUGUUUAUGUGGCCUUAAAAAUCACUCUAUUUUGGAAAUCAACGACUAAUAAAAUACUACAGAUAUUUUCGAUUAAGUACAAGUAGUUUUAUGCAUGAUGUCAAUCUACAUUUUAUAGAUUUUGAAAGUCGGUUGUAAAGAAAUUAAGAAUGAACGUUAACUUGUUAUAUUUUACAUAUGAAACGAGUAACCCUAUUUAUUAUAGCGUUGUCUCUUUCUUUUUUGUGAAAUUAACGAAACGUAUUUUACGGGCAUGUAUCUAGUUAAAAAAUAUUAUAAAAAAAAUAACCAAUAAAAUAAUUAUUGAAAUCUUCAGAUGUCACAUAGGCGCUAGAAUCUCAAUCAAAUCUGAAGUUUUCAAUGACUGAUAAUUUUAAAUUUAAUUUAUAAAUUAAGUUUUUUUUAAUUCCCAAUGGAUCUGUAAAGAAAUAUAAACCCGUACGAAGAUUUAAAUAAAAAGGUCUUUUAAAAAGUACGUAAACAUUUUAUAAUAAAGCAUUCUCUUGACAUAUUAAGUGCCACGAUUUUAAAGUACGGGUAUUUUAAAUUUAUUUAAGGUACAUAUAUCUAGUUUUGACCGGAAUGAUCUGUUAUCAUACCGUGUUCAUAAUUAUCCAUUAAGAAACCAAUAUCAAAGUCAUUAUUAUAUUAUAAAUAUAUAUUUAUUCAAUUAAGAUACUCGUUAGUUUAUUUUAUAUUACUACAUUAUGAGAACGUAAAUAUUGAUCUGAUUUUAUACGUAAUACUGAUAAUUAAAACAUGUUAUUAUUAUUAUAGAUCUUUAAAAAAAAUAACUAUGUCACAAAGUACAGGAGUACAUUUUUUAUUAUAAUUAAAAAAAAAGAUAAAUAAUU